CCCAUAUUGGCCUAGUAUUAAAAACACGAGCUGAAAGUCUUCUCUCCCUCUGAUUCAUAUCAUGGCAGAACAAGAAGAAGAUUCAAAAGUCAAUUCUCCUCCUUCUCCUCCUCCUCCUCCUCCUGUACUCUCUUUCUCUAUCUUUCUCAUACAGUCUUGUUGUUUUUUGGAGGUCAUAUGCAAAAGUUUGGGAAAGACGAGUCGCUUUGCAGCAGGCACCAAGGCGGGAUUUGCAGUGUCUUUGAUAAACAGGAAGUUGGAUGUUGGGGCACCUUUCGUUUUGCAUAUUGAAGCCGUUAAGGAUGGGGAGGAACCCAUUAGCUUUGGCCCAGAUGCGGUGCUUGUUGAUUAUGGCAAUGGCUGGAAGUUGCAAACAUUUUCUGUGUUAGAUUAUGGUGCAGGUGUUAGACAAGCAGAACACUUUCAGCGGAUUCCAAAACAGCAGAGUUCUGAUGGUUCACGUCCUGCAACGACAGCUACCAACCCAGGCAUCAGUUUUUUGUACAUGGCAAAGAUACUAGUAGCCUUCGUUUUGCUUUUUGUGCUUGGUGCAAGUUUCACAUUAGCUCUUGAGAAUCUUCCUAGACUCAUAUUGUUCAUUAACUCGUUCAUGUAAAUACUUGCUGGCGUUGUUCUAGUGAUGGAUGGAGUGAAUGAUGCUGAGUUUGUAUUUCUUUCUGAAUAAUUUGAAUGGAGGCCCUUGAGAGUUAUAACGCCAGAAGAGAAGAGCAACAGCAGAAGGCCUCGUCACAGGAUGAUCAGAAUCUUUCAGAGGACCAGUGAAUAAAACCUUGCACUGACAAUGGGGUUGGAAAGAUUAAUUCUGAUUCCUAGUUUAUAUAUUACAGCCCAAGAUUUGUUCUCUUCUUGGUUGAACCAAUGAUUUGCUGUUUGAUU